CAGCGCGAUCCCCGGCGUCCCCCCGCAGCGGUCCCCGGGCGGUGCUGCUGACUCUCGGAGCGCACAGGGGUGUGGGCGGAGGCCGCCCAGCCGCGCCGGCGCCCGCGCCUUCGCCAGUCGCUUCGCCUCUUCCACCCACUCGCACCUGCCGCUGGGCGGAUACCAUGUCGAAGGCGGCUGCAGGAGCGGCGGCGGCGGCGGAAAGUUGUCCCUCGGCUCCGGCCGGCGUGUCUGCAGCGGCCGGCGUGGAGGAUCUGUCUAAAGUGACGGAUGAAGAGCUGCUGCAAUGGAGCAAGGAGGAGCUGAUCCGCAGCCUGCGGCGCGCCGAGGCCGAGAAGGUGAGCGCGAUGCUGGACCACAGCAACCUCAUUCGCGAGGUCAACCGCCGCCUGCAGAUGCAUCUCGGCGAGAUCCGGGGGCUCAAGGAUAUUAACCAGAAACUCCAGGAAGACAAUCAGGAACUGAGGGACCUGUGUUGUUUCCUGGAUGAUGACCGGCAGAAAGGCAAGAGGGUGUCCCGGGAGUGGCAGAGAUUGGGUCGUUACACAGCUGGAGUGAUGCACAAGGAAGUGGCCUUAUACUUGCAGAAGCUGAAGGAGCUGGAGGCGAAGCAGGAAGAAGUGGUGAAGGAGAACAUGGAGCUUAAGGAGCUCUGCGUGCUGCUGGAUGAGGAGAAGGGAGCGGGCUGUGCCGGCAGCCGCUGCUCCAUCGACAGCCAGGCCAGCCUGUGUCAGCUGGUGGCCUCAGCCGCUCCGUAUGUGCGGGAUGUGGGAGAUGGCAGCAGCACCUCCAGCACCGGCAGCACCGACAGCCCUGACCACCACAAACACCACGCCAGUGGGGGCAGCCCGGAGCACCUGCAGAAGACCCGGAGCGAGGGCAGCCCAGAGCACACCAAACACAGGAGCACUAGCCCUGAACAUCUCCACAAACCCCGGGCUUCCGGGACCCCAGAUCACCCCAAAGCACUGAAAGGACCCAGCCCUGAGCACCACAAGCCCUUAUGCAAGGGUAGCCCAGAGCAGCAAAGGCACCCCCAUCCAGGGAGCAGCCCAGAGAUGCUGCCCAAGCACGUGCUGAGCGGGAGUCCUGAACAUUUCCAGAAGCACAGGCCAGGGGGCAGCCCGGAACAUGCCCGGCACAGCGGAGGGAGCCCCGAGCAUCUUCAGAAACACGCCCUUGGUGGGAGCCUGGAGCACCUCCCCAGACCCAGGGGCACAAGCCCAGAACAUCUCAAACAGCAUUACGGGGGCAGCCCCGAUCACAAACCUGUAGGUGGCAGUGGAGGCGGCGGCGGGGGCAGCAGGGAAGGCACCCUCCGGCGGCCGGCUCAAGAAGACUCAUCACCCCAUCACCGGAACGUCUACAGUGGCAUGAACGAAUCAACCUUGUCCUAUGUUAGGCAGCUGGAGGCCAGAGUCAGACAGCUGGAGGAAGAAAAUCGCAUGCUGCCCCAGGCCACCCAGAAUAGAAGUCAACCUCCAACUAGAAACAGCUCAAAUGUGGAGAAAGGCUGGGGGCCCAGAGCCCGGCGGGUCUUGCAGUGGUGGCAAGGAAUAGGACGAUGCCUGCCCUCUUUCCCGGGUUCUUUUAGGUCGUCAUCAGGGGCUGAUGGGAAUAACAGUUCACCCAACUCUCCAGCUAGCUUCAGUGGACAUGCCACACCUUCUCAGCAGCCUGAGCCUGUGGUACAUUCUCUUAAGGUCUUGGAUGUUCAGGAAACUAUAGAUCGCCAACAGGGUAAAGAGUAUGACCAUGACCUUAGUGAGACAGAAAAAGCUAUAGUCAGAGAAAUGUGCAAUGUUGUGUGGAGGAAACUUGGAGAUGCUGCAGGCUCAUGUCCUGGAAUUAGGCAGCAUUUGUCAGGAAACCAGUACAAAGGACCUAUGUGAGAAGCACUCCCUUCAAACAUGAGCUCACCACUACUAGAGAAAGAAAAGAAGAACAAGAUGAAGGUUGAUUCCUACAAAAUGGGCCUCAUGGCCUCACAUGGAGUGACUGUACAUUGCGCACAUCUUCCCUCUAAACCCUUCGGUGCACCUCCCCCCACAAGCUAAUGCGCGCUAUGCACCUCACUUCAGUGCUCACAGCAGUCUCGAGGUAGCUUUGCAAAAUCAUUUUAGUACAAAUAGUUUCACGUCAGCUGAAAUGUUUUCAACUCUCCACACCUAUGAUCGAUGCAUUGAUAAUCUGCAUGGUUGGAUGAGUCCAGUAGAGCCUCCGUGGCUUCAGUAGAGGUGGUUCAUUGUAUCUAAUAGUAGGAACUUCUACUGCGUGGAAGAUGUGAAGAAGCAUUUCCAAGCCUAGAAGCCUGGGUUGGGAAGCUCCUAUAUUUCAGUUGAGGAGAGAUUGCUUCCUGACACAUAAUUAGUUGGAUGCAAGAUCAUAUUUGGUUUCUCUUUUGAAUUCUGAGGUGCUAAAAAAAAUCACAAAUUCUUUUACCAGCUAGAGAGGUAGGAAGGAUUUUUAGAGUGCUUAGCAGAGAGUAAUUUUUUUUCAGUUGGUCAAAAUAAAUAAUUUAAUUUUGAUGAGUUGUUUAUAACGGCAUGUCUUUGGGUCAUACAACGCUCCAUAUAUAUUGAGCAUAUCAGUGUCAGCUAACAAGGAAACCAACAUAAUUUUUCUAAGUGUUUUGAGCUGUGAGAUUGUCUGUUUCUACAAUUUAGUUUCUAGACAUGCUGUAUAUUGAAUAAACUUUAUGUGAAAUUUAAAUCUUGCACUGCACUGCAAAACAGGAGCUUUCUUUGCCUAUUUACUGCAGCUAUCUGAUGUCUCAUGAAGCUAACGCAUGUCCAUUCUUGAGGCUAAAAGCUCUUGUUCAGAUUGCUUGAGAUGUGUGCUAGCUUUGCUAGUUUUCUAACUUUUGGUAUAGAUGUAUAAUAUUAGAAUGUGUGUACUGGAAAUGCUAUGAUAGAUAUUUUGUGCUUAUGUAAUACCAAUGAUAGUUUCUUGUAUGAAUGUGCAAGAGGCCUGUGACAGAAUGCUGUUUUUACUGUAGAUUAAGAUUAUAAAGGUAGGGAUGCAACAAUUCCUGGGUAUUUUCUAAAUUUAUGAUUUGAUUCACAGUUAAUAUUCUUUGUUGUUUAUAAAUGGACUUAUUGCAUAAUUGUAUAGCAUAUUAAUGGUAUUGGCAGGGGAAUGAGAAAAAAUUUUGUUAUAGUAAAAGAGUGUAAUUGUGAUUUUUAAAAACUGUCCUCUAUUUUCUAAAAAUACUUAUGAGUUCAUCUACUAUAGAAGAAUCUUUCCAAUUACCAUAGCUGGGUUAUAAUUUAAGAAUCUUCCUUUAAAAUGCUAUAUUUUUUAGUGUCUUAUGAGAAAAUUGUUUCCUAUGUAUGUGUAUACCUUCCUGCAUAGAAACAUCCUUCAAUUGUUGUAUUCCUACAGUCUAAAGACAUUUAAACAAGUUUCUGUGUUUGCGGCAGAACCUGCAGUAGUGAAUACAAAGGACAUUGGUCUUUUGACAAAAUACUUGUGUAAAUUUUGAUACUGUAUUAAAACUAUUUUUUUAAUGUUCCACAUUAAAUUGAGUAUUAAGUAUAUGUGAUCAUCUUAGCAACAGUAAUAAAUUAUUUAAUCUCACAGUA